AUGGGAAGCUUCGACCAAACGAAGGCGUACGCGCCGCAAGAAGAGACCUUCUUCGACGAUGGCCGCGAAAUCGAGCUUCUGCACUUUGUAUACUCGCACCCCAAGCUCGAGAAGAUUCGCGGGUCUCCGAAGGAUGUCCUCGCGGCCAUUGAUGAGUUUGGGCGGACGAAGAAGUACCUCAUGAAUGUGGGCGAGGACAAGGGCCGCAUUGUUUGUGACCUGAUCGCAGAUGUGAAGCCGAAAACCAUGGUGGAGCUCGGUGGCUACGUUGGCUACUCGUGCAUUUUGUAUGCGGACGCAGUACGGAAAGCUGGCGGUAAACAAUAUUUCAGCUUUGAGCGCAACCCCGAAUUCGCUGCCGUGAUUUCGUCGCUGGUCGACCUCGCGGGGCUGGACGACAUUGUCAAAGUCGUGGUGGGUUCUAGCGACGAGUCAAUUGCGCGACUACAUUCGUCUGGCGCUCUCAAACACAUCGAUUUGAUGUUCCUUGAUCACUACAAGCCCGCCUACACCACCGAUCUUAAGCUUUGCGAGGAGCUCGGCCUCGUUACUCCAGGCUCCGUCCUUGCAGCGGACAACGUGAUCAAGCCGGGUAACCCGCCAUACCUGGAGUACGUACGCAGUAGCGUGGCCGACAAGAAGAGGAAUCUUGCUGGGGAAGGCAAAGGAGAUAGUACACAGGGAAUUGCCGAGAGGACUGUCAAGCAGUAUUCGAACAGAUAUGAGAAGGAGAAAUUCAGCAACAGUCCUGGCAAUCCGAAUCUGGUUUACGAGAGCAAGCUGGUGAACAGCUUUGAGCCUACGGGUGUCCCGGAUGGUGUUGAGAUUACGAGGUGUGUUGGUGAAGAGAAAUAG